UUUCCUUUCUGUCGCCCAGUCUGUGGAUUCUGUUGUAGAGGAUUGGGACACUUACAAUGGGAAGCUUUCUCUACGGCCUGCAAUGCUGACACUCCACUCCCUCCUGCUGGGAAUUCAUGUUAAGUGGUCCCUGUGCCCCCUUUGAAUGUCUGUCACUAUGGCUAAGCGUGAGACCGGCAGCACUAGCCCUGUGGUCAGGCAGAUAGACAAGCAGUUCCUGGUCUGCAGCAUCUGUCUCGACCAUUAUCACAACCCCAAGGUGCUGCCCUGCCUGCACACCUUCUGUGAGAAAUGCCUACAGAACUAUAUCCCUCCUCAGUCUCUGACACUGUCAUGCCCAGUAUGCAGACAGACUUCUAUCUUGCCAGAGAAGGGUGUGGCCGCCCUGCAGAACAACUUCUUCAUCACAAACCUAAUGGAAGUGUUACAGCGGGACCCAGAGUGCAGCCGACCUGAGGCCGGCAAUGUUCUUGAGUCAGCCAGUGCGGCCACAGCUUGCCAGCCCCUUUCGUGCCCCAACCAUGAGGGAAAGGUGAUGGAGUUCUACUGCGAGUCAUGUGAAACAGCCAUGUGUCUGGAGUGUACAGAAGGAGAACAUAGGGAACAUGUGACAGUUCCUCUGAGGGAUGUGCUGGAGCAGCAUAAGACAGCCCUGAAAAAUCAGCUGGACGCUGUGCGCAACAGACUACCUCAGCUGACGGCUGCCAUUGAGCUUGUGAAUGAGAUCUCCAAGCAGCUUACAGAGAGGAAAAAUGGGGCAGUGACUGAAAUCAGUAACACUUUUGAUGAGCUGGAGAAGGCCUUACAUCAACGCAAGAAUGCUCUUAUUACUGAGGUGGAAAACAUCUGCAGUACCAAGCAGAAGGUGCUUCAAGCCCAGCUGACCUCUCUGCUUCAAGGUAAAGAGAACAUUCAAAGCAGCUGCAACUUCACAGAGCAGGCCUUGAGCCAUGGCAGUGCCACUGAGGUCCUGUUGGUCCAGAAACAGAUGGGUGAGCGGGUCAGUGCCCUGGCGCGUCACAGCUUUCCUGAGUAUCCCCAUGAGAAUGGACAUCUGGAAUGCCAGGUAGAAACGGAUGGGCUACGGCGCUCCAUCCAAAACCUGGGAGUCCUGAUCACAACAGGAGCUGUGGGCCAUACAAGCGUUGCCACUGGUGAAGGCCUGAGACAUACACUGGUUGGCCAGCACACCACCGUCACAGUCACUACUAAAGAUAAGGAGGGAGAACUGGUGAAGACUGGUAAUGCUGCUCUGAGGGCAGAGAUUGUCUCUGCAGAUGGAGUGUGCACUGAGGCUGAGGUGGUAGACAACAAGAACGGCACCUAUGAGGUUGGAUAUACCAUUCGCUCGGAGGGAGAGUUCACCUUCUCUUUGCUGCUAUAUGAACAGCCUGUGAGGGGGAGUCCGUUCCGUUUGCGUGCUGUCAAACCUUCAGAUGUCCUGCAGUCACCAGAUGAUGUGAAGAGAAGAGUGAAGUCCCCGAGUGGAGGAGGAGGUCAUGUUCGACAGAAGGCUGUGCGGAGGCCCUCCAGUAUGUACAGCACCACCAAGAAAAAGGAGAACCCAAUAGAGGAUGAGCUGAUCUACAGAGUGGGAACAAGAGGGCGAGAUAAAGGAGAAUUCACAAACCUACAAGGCAUCUCCACCUCCAGCAAUGGCCGGAUUGUGGUGGCAGACAGCAACAACCAGUGUAUACAGGUAUUCUCAAAUGAUGGCCAGUUUAAGAUGAGGUUUGGGGUCAGAGGUCGUUCACCAGGGCAGCUGCAGCGCCCCACAGGGGUCACAGUGGACAUGAACGGUGACAUUAUUGUGGCAGAUUACGACAACAGAUGGAUUAGCAUCUUCUCCUCAGAUGGCAAAUUCAAGAACAAAAUCGGUGCUGGACGACUGAUGGGACCCAAAGGUGUGGCUGUGGAUAAGAAUGGACAUAUCAUCACUGUUGAUAACAAGGCCUGUUGUGUCUUCAUCUUCCAGUCAAAUGGGAAGCUGGUGACAAAGUUUGGAGCCAGAGGAACAUCAGACAGACACUUUGCAGAAAAAAGUGGUGCAAACAUUGCACUGGAACAAAAGCUUAGUAAAUCUGGCCCUGUUUUCAGUCCUCACUUUGUGGCCGUAAAUAACAAAAAUGAAAUUGUGGUAACAGACUUCCAUAACCAUUCAGUCAAGGUGUACAAUGCAGAUGGGGAGUUCCUGUAUAAAUUUGGCUCCCAUGGAGAGGGGAAUGGGCAGUUCAAUGCUCCAACAGGCGUGGCUGUGGAUGCCAAUGGAAAUAUAAUUGUUGCUGACUGGGGUAACAGUCGGAUCCAGGUUUUCGACAGCUCAGGGUCCUUCCUGUCCUACAUCAACACAUCAGCGGACCCCCUUUACGGUCCCCAGGGCCUGGCCCUCACAUCUGAUGGUCAUGUGGCAGUGGCAGACUCUGGGAACCACUGUUUCAAGGUCUACCGCUACCUGCAGUAAAGCUGCAACAGCCAUCUUCACCACUGCAAGCACUGACAACGACACAACCAAUGUAUUCCACAGGGUGCAAUGACCUUUCCAAUACAGCCUUUUGAUGUGCACAUCAGCUGAUCUCCCAGAUAUAAUUAAAGUGUCUGAAUCUGAGUUUA